AUGGAUCCCGGCCUCAACCUCAUCUCCGACCCUACCAACUCCAUCGAAGACCUCCAAGCCACGGAAUGGUUCAACGCCGCCGUUCACAUUAUCCUCACUGGCAAGAAAACCGAGCUGCAACACCGUCAGACCGUGCGCGAAAUGAAAGAAAUGGCCGAGUCGCUAGACAUGCAGGCGCCGUUUUCGUCAACCAUCAUGGAGGUUUCCGCUCUAUUGAGGGAUAAUCAGCAGGAUGCUCUGGGAGGGCGUUUGUGGAGGUAA